CUUCAUCUUCUACAUCACUCACAGUUUCGACACUUCCACAUCACUUCCGCACUUAAGCAUCAACUCACAGGUUAGUCUGCACAUCAACUCCAAGCAAACACCAGCAAAGCUAACACCAAACAGCCCCAACCGCCAAAAUGAAGUUCUCCAUCACCAUUGUCGCCGCCCUCCUCUCCGCCACCGGUAUGGCCGCCCCCGCCAACGAAGUCUCCAUGAUGGCCGCCUCUCCCCAGUGGACCAUCCAGUCCCUCAACCGUGUCUGCGACAAGCCCGAUGCCAACUGCACCUGGAACUUCAAGAUCAACACUGGCAGCGGCGCGGCUACCGCUUGCAAGUACGUCGUCAAGUCUACUAAGACGGCCAAGGCAUCCAAGGCCAACGGCGGCCCUGCUACCUGCGGCGACUUCACCAUCACCUCUGGCUGGAGCGGUCAGUUUGGCGCCGACAAGGGAUUCACUACUCUUUCGGUUGUCAGCAAGAGCAAGAAGCAGAUUGUUUACCCUGCCUACACCGACCAGCAGCUCGCCGGCGGCAAGGUUGUCAAGCCUGACCAGGCCUACGCUCCUGCUUCUCUCCCUUAA